UCAGAAACCUUUUUCUCUCAAAAAAAUAAAACACUGUAGUCAUGUUGAGAGGUCUUCAGUCUGCCUUGUUUCCCACAGAGCAUUGGAUCCCUCCUGUCCCCAGAAUGCAAGGAUUUGCUGUGGGCCGGCCAGCUGGCACUUGUCAGAUUUUGGAUUCCAGAUAUAGGAAAGCAACAUCCAGCACACAAGAGAUCUUUUUCCAUUUAGGAUAUCCUCAUCCCAUGGAAAGCUGUCUGCCAAGACCACCAUCGCUCACAGUGGUUUUGUGUUCCUCUUUCAGAAGCCGAGGAAAGCAGAGGGGUGAACAGAACUUGUAUGCUUAUUGUAUGACGCAUCUUUCUAUUCCUUCACACAGGUUCCCAUUCUGGAAUUAGGCACAACCUAACGCAGGAAAUUAAAUGUACGUGUAAGUUUUUGCAAGAUGAGGCCAAAGUAAGCCCUACAGCAAGGAAGGAAUUUAAGUUCAAGUUUAGCUCAGCGAUCAACAGUAAUCCACAUCAAAAGCCCGCAGGAGUUCAGCCCAGUUAUUUCCAAUCAAAAAGAUGGUCAACUAUGCACUCCGAAUAGCAGACUUCUAUUGGUGUACAAUUUGUGGAAACAAGUGUUUCGAGGAAGAAUGAUGCAGAACGUGCAUCUAGCUCCUGAAGAAGACGAGGAUGAUCUUUACUCUGGCUACAAUGAUUAUAAUCCCACUUUUGACACAGAGGAUUUAGAAAAUGAUACAGUUUUUCAACAGGCAGCAAGAACAAGUCAUGGUAGAAGACCCCCUGUGACAGCCAAAAUUCCUGGUACAGCAACUUCAAGACCUAUAGAUACUGCAUUUGGGGAUGGGGUUUCUCGGCCAAUGACAGCAGUGCAAGCUGCAGGCUACACUAAGGCAGCUAUCAGAGGUUCUUUAUUUGAUCCUCUUGGCCAAGCAAGAGGUCCUGCUCCACCUCUGGAAAUGAAAAAUCCAGACAGCUCAGAAGAGAAGAUUAGGCAGUUAGAAAAAAAAGUGAAUGAACUGGUUGAAGAAAGUUGCAUUGCCAACAGCUGUGGAGACUUGAAAUUGGCUCUGGAAAAAGCAAAAGAAGCUGGAAGGAAGGAAAGAGUAUUAGUGAGGCAACGUGAACAAACUGCUACUUCAGAAAGCAUCAACUUAGAUCUCACUUACUCAGUUCUUUUCAAUCUGGCCAGUCAAUAUGCUGCUAAUGAAAUGUAUGCUGAAGCACUAAACACUUACCAAGUUAUAGUGAAGAAUAAGAUGUUCAACAAUGGAGGUAGACUGAAGGUCAAUAUGGGAAAUAUAUAUUUAAAACAGCGGAACUAUUCCAAAGCGAUCAAAUUCUACCGCAUGGCUCUAGACCAGAUUCCUAGUGUCCACAAAGACAUGAGGAUUAAAAUAAUGCAAAAUAUUGGAGUUGCAUUUAUUAAAACUGGCCAGUACAUGGAUGCCGUUUCUUCAUUUGAGCACAUAAUGAGCUUGUCCCCAAACCUGAAGGCAGGCUUCAACCUGCUCGUAUGUUACUUUGCUAUUGGAGACAGCGAACAAAUGAAAAAAGCAUUCCAAAAACUGAUUGCAGUUCCCUUGGAAGUGGAUUAUGAUGACAAAUACGUUUCACCAAAUGAUGAUCCACAUACAAAUCUACUGCUUGAAGCCAUCAAAAACGACAGUUUAAGACAAAUAGAACGUGAGAGGAAGUCCAUGGCUGAGGAUUAUAUCAUGGCAGCUGCUAAACUGAUAGCACCAGUCACUGAGCCAUCUUUUGCUGCGGGCUAUGACUGGUGUGUUGAAGCAGUAAAAGCUUCCCACUACGUAGAGUUAGCCAAUGACCUGGAGAUAAAUAAAGCCACUACUUUUCUGAGACAACGGGAUUUUAACCAGGCACUGGAGACUUUCAAAAUGUUUGAGAGAAAGGACAGCAGAGUAAAGAGUGCAGCUGCAACAAACCUUUCGUUCCUUUAUUAUUUGGAGAAGGAAUUGGCACAAGCAACAACCUAUGCAGAUUUAGCUGUCAGUUCUGAUAGGUACAACCCAGCAGCACUAACUAACAAAGGAAAUACUGUUUUUGCAAAUGAAGACUACGAAAAAGCAGCUGAGUUUUAUAAAGAGGCUCUUAGGAAUGAUUGCUCUUGCACUGAAGCACUGUAUAACCUUGGUUUAACAUACAAGAAGUUAAACAGAAUAGAUGGGGCUUUGGAUUGUUUCCUGAAACUCCAUGCAAUACUUGGAAACAGUGCUCAGGUCCUUCACCAAAUAGCAGCCAUCUAUGAAAUCAUGGAAGAUCCCAAUCAAGCCAUAGAGUGGCUCAUGCAGUUGAUCAGUGUAGUACCAAGUGACCCACGUGCGCUUUCAAAACUAGGGAAAUUAUAUGACAAGGAAGGUGAUAAAUCCCAAGCCUAUCAUUAUUACUAUGAGUCAUACCGUUAUUUCCCUUCAAACAUUGAGGUCAUUGAAUGGCUUGGAGCCUAUUGCAUUGACACCCAGUUUUGUGAAAAAGCCAUUGAGUACUUUGAGAGAGCAGCUCUUAUCCUUGUGCACAACUUUGUCUUCUUGAUGUGCAGACCUACCCAAGUGAAGUGGCAGCUGAUGGUUGCCAGUUGCUAUCGGAGAAGCGGUAACUACCAGAAAGCUCUAGAGAAAUACAAAGUCAUUCACCAAAAAUUCCCAGAGAACGUUGAAUGCCUCCGAUUUUUAGUUCGUCUCUGCACAGAUAUGGGACUGAAAGAAGUCCACGAGUAUCUGACAAAACUGAAGAAAGUGGAAAAAUUAAAGGAGAUAAGAGAGCAGCGCAUUAAAUCUGGCAGAGAUGGCAGUGCACGUAACCGCAGGGAAGGAAGUGCUGAUGGAGCCUAAGAAGUGUCUGCAAACAGCUUGCGUGGAGACACACGUGAAGUAUAAAUGAGGAUUACUUUACUUCAAGAUCUUAAUGCGCAUUGGAAAUACUGCUGUCUUCAUUGCCAGAAAAUAAACAUUUGUACCCGUUUGGAGUUUCAUCUCUUACAGUGUUGUUGCCAAGACCAAAAGGGAUAAUUUUCCAUCAUGGUACGGGAGAUUUGUCAUCAUUACUGACUCCAAGGAGGUGUGGAAUCAUGCUUAGUUUAUGACUUGGUAGCUAAAUGAAAGUACUUGCUAGCUAAUGGAAGUGCAUAUGCAUUCCCAGUAUUUUUGAUGCAAUGCGUGUUUUUCUUUCUUUCCUCUUACCAGCCCCGUGCCUGGCAUCCCUAGGAGAAGUUCUUUCUGCAUUUAUUUCUCCCCUGUACUUGUAGUAGGAGCAUUAAUAGUUCAGACUUCCUUGUUGUAGGAAAUGUUACUUAAAAGUGCUCAGUGAAGGAAGCUGAGAGGAAAGAGAAGCCAGCAAGGUGUGUGCUUAGAACCUUGCUUUGUCAAUGUGAAUUAACACAGAAGAAGCACGAGAUGCACCAAAGCAUACUUUGAAGACUACGAGUAGAAUAUGCAUAGAUAGUGCAAGGAGUGGAAGGAAAUGACCCAAAAAACUCACGUGUGUGAGCGUCAGUAUAAAGCCUACUCUUGUGUGGUGAGAGGAAAAGAAGCAUUACGUCUGAAGUGCUCACCCACAACUGAACACAUUUGUUCGAUAAGCGCGAAAGGUUUCUUCUCUACGUGAAUAUCAGAUUGAUGGCUUGUGAUCUUUUUCCUUCACAUUAGAAGGAGAUUGCAUCAGUACAUAGCAUUAACGUUUUUGGUGAUUAAAAAAAAAGAAAGGAAAAAAAACCUGAAGGAUUUUUAACAGCACGUCUGAGUUUCAGCAGUUGUUUAUCAUGUCUCCCUCAUGAAACGAUGGUCUCGUUAAAUCUUGUUGGAAAGAAA